GUUUAUAGGGGGUGAAAGAGAAACAUCUCACAAACUUCAUUGCUUUCACUGUAUAGUUCGUCUCUCAAACAACAAGCACGAUAGUAGUAAUAAUAACAGCUGCAAUGCUGCCAGUUCAGUGAAUUUAGCAUUUUUUUUUGUAUUUUUUUUUUUUGUUUUUGGACCGGUAGAUUGAAAGCAAAUCGGUCAUCAUUUUCAUGGAUUACGAGAGAAUCCAGAAGCCUCAGAGCGGAGGUGGAUUUUCCCCAGCUAAGCUAAGGACAAUGCUAUUAGGAGUAGAAAGGAAGAGAAAGCAAGAAGAAGAAGCUGAAUCUUCAACAGAUUUAAGAUCUCAACUUUCUCACCUUGAUGAUGAUUCAGGGAAAAGUGGCUCUGAUAGUUGCAAAGAUGUAGAUGUGGUGAGUGUUCUUCCAGCAUGUUCCACUUCCACAACAGCAGAUUCCAUGGCUGCUUUGCAGAAUGGUAGCCACAGAAGAUCAAAGGAUCAUUCUUUAGGCACGACGCGGAACCAGUUCAUCGGGGAUCAUCCUGGUUUAGAUUAUGAUAGUGGACAUGAAAAUAUGAGUGUGUCCUCAUCAAUCUUUGAGUUUCAGAAGACCGAACGAGUGCCGCAAAGGGUUCCCCUUGGUCCGUUCUCUAAGCCGGCUCCGUCUAAAUGGGAUGAUGCCCAGAAAUGGAUAGCUAGUCCUACAGCGAAUCUGCCAAAGGCAGGGCUGGCUGGCCAAGGGGUGGGAUCAAAAAAAGGGGGUAAUGUUGGUUACGGGAGACAGUCGUCUACUAAGGUGGUUGUUGAAGUUCCAGAUCAAAGGAUGGUUCCUUUCGAAGAACCAGAUACAAAACGGAUCAAUAUGAAUCAUGCCAAGAAGGAAGAUGGGAUGCAGAAGUUUGUGAAUUGGGAGAGUGAUUCAUACCCGGUUGUGGAUUCAUAUGGGAAGCCUGUACUGAUGAUUGAGAAUUCUGUUGCCGAGUCAGCUAUUAGUCUUAGUCAGCAUGAUUCAUCAAUAUCGAUACAUAGUGCUACGACGUUUAUUCCGCCUCCUCCAACAGCUAGAUCAGUUUCGAUGAGAGAGAUGGGCACAGAAAUGACUCCUAUUGCUAGCCAAGAACCUUCGAGGACAGGAACUCCUGUGCAGUCAACAACACCAAUUCGGAGCCCAAAUUCAUCCAGGCCAUCAACUCCCAGCAGAGCUGUUCUGUCUGCAUCUCCCGAAAAUUCAGGUAAAGACCCCUUGGGUCUGAACAUGGAGUUGUCAGAGAAGGAGCUCCAAAUGAAAACAAGGAGAGAAAUUAUGGUUCUUGGGGCUCAGUUGGGUAAACCAAAUAUAGCUGCAUGGGCUAGCAAGGAGGAGGAGGAUAAGGAUGCAUCCACCUCACUGAAAGCUAUAGCACCAGAACAACCAUCUAAAAGUGUCAUUGAAACCCGCGCAGCAGCAUGGGAAGAGGCAGAGAAAGCCAAGUAUAUGGCUAGGUUCAAACGUGAAGAAAUGAAAAUCCAAGCAUGGGAGAACCAUCAAAAAGCAAAAACUGAAGCCGAGAUGAGGAAGAUAGAGGUUGAGGUUGAAAGGAUGAGGGGGCGUGCUCAUGAUAAGCUCAUGAAUAAACUAGCCGCUGCAAGGCACAAGGCAGAAGAGAGGCGGGCAGCAGCAGAUGCCAAGCGAAACCGACAAGCUGCAGAAACCGAGCAGCAAGCUGAUUAUAUUCGAAGAACCGGUCGGGUCCUUUAUUUCCGCUGUUGGAGUUGGUGCUCCUGAAAAAGGAAAAUCAGAACUUCUAAAUAUGCUAUUUCCAGGCAUCAGUUUUUUCGCUGGUAUAUUGAAUGUAUCAUACACCUCUGGAUUCCCACUGUGAAGCCAAAGCUUUUGUAGCAACCCUGAUACAUUGAUCAAAGCUAAGAUGCAGUUCCUUUGCCUAUUUUUUUACCUUUGCUCAACCCCCGAACCAUUCGCCCAGCGAAGCGGGGGGAAAUAGCCGAGGGAAGAAGAUUAUGGCGAUGGAACUUUUAUUUUUUACGGUUUUGCUGUAUGAAUUGUUUAUUUAUACCUACAAUUUCCUCAUGUUUUGG